UCUCUGCUCCCCACCUACCUGGCUUACGCCCCAGGGGGGAGGGAAACCGAGAGCCAGGUGCGACCCAGCAGGGGGAGUGGGUGAGCUGGUCCCAGGGCAGCCCGCAUGUGUCCUCGAGCGUGGGUGUGGGGUAAUUUGGGUGGGAACAAAGUGGAGGCUACCGCGACGCGACCGAGUCCCGCGCCUCGCUGGCGGGGUGUGUGCAGAAAGAGCGAGGAUAAAUAGGAGGCUCCCUCCUCCCAGCCCCACUCCCGGAGCCGGCCGGCCGCCCGCCCCGGGUGUUUGCCCGCCCUGUGGCCGGGGUGCCAGCCUGGGGAGUAGUUUCGUUUCCUGCUGGCCCGAGAGUAGUUUCCAGGCCCGCCCUCGGGCGCCCGCGGCCCGGGAAGGGGCGCAGGAGGAGGCGGGGGACUGGGUCAGGGGCUGCCCGGCCCCGCAGCGUGGGGUUGAUGGACCGGGCCGCCCCGGCCGGCGGCGCCAGCUCCCUGCCACUGCUCCUGGCCCUCGCCCUGGGUCUUUAUAGCUGCCACCGUGUGGAGUACCUACCCUGUGCCAGGCGUUACCAAGGUCUAGUGAUCCUCCACUGUGUCGUGGCAGAUGGGAAUGCAACCAGAAGUCCUGAAAGGGAUGGCCUUCUCUGUGGAGAUCCUGGGGAAAACUGCGCAGCUACCACCAUGCAAUCGAAGCGGAAAGGCCACUUCUCUCGGUGCCCCAAGCAAUACAAGCACUACUGCAUCAAAGGGAGAUGUCGCUUCGUGGUGGCCGAGCAGACGCCCUCCUGCGUCUGUGAUGAAGGCUACACUGGGGCAAGAUGUGAGCGAGUUGACUUGUUUUACCUCAGAGGAGAUAGAGGGCAGAUUUUGGUGAUUUGUCUGAUAGUAGUUAUGGUGAUUUUUAUCAUCUUGGUGGUCGGUGUCUGCACAUGCUGUCACCCUCUUCGGAGGCGUCGCAAAAGAAGAAAGAAGGAAGAAGAAAUGGAAACUCUUGGUAAAGAUAUAACUCCAAUAAAUGAAGAUAUUCAAGAAACUAGUAUUGCUUAGUGGCUGGUGCAAGCUGCAAAAUGCCUUGCUCAUUCGAAAAUGGACAGAAUGUGUCUCAGGAAAACAGUCAGGAGAAAAUGAAUUUUAAAUAAUGUAUUUACUUUUUGUUUGUAAUGUUAGUCUGUGUUUUUUACUAUUUUUGUAAUAAUAAGUAAUUUCAGUAUUGUUUCGGAAUUGGGAAAAAGCGCUCACUUAAGACAUUUUAAUAAACUUCCACUUAAAGUUUUGUUACCAGGAUUACUAGUCGAAUAAAAAAUAGAAGUGAAAAGGAGUUUAGAUUUUAGGAAUUGGAUUAAUCAUAACGCUGCCAUUUAUCCAGCACUUACCAUGGGCCAAGAGUUUCAAGUAUAUCAUUUCUUCUAAGCCUUUCAAGAACCUAUGGGACAUCUAUCAUGAUCCUCAUUUCCCGCAUGUGGAAACAGACACAAAAAAGGUAAAUAAUAUAACCCUGAUUUAUACAGUUCAGAAUUGGUGGAGCUAGAAUUGGAGCCAAGAUUUACCCAAUUUCAGUUUGUGUUCUUAACUGUCAUUUUUGUUGAUCUGAGUGGGUGCAGCUUAACUCACUAACAUAGCUCAGGACUUUAUACUAAACUGUGUUUCGCCAAGACUCUGAGAUGCCGGGGCUAUUUUCCUGCAGAUACUCAGAAGGCAGAGUCCUGGAUUUAUAUUACUGUUACCAUCGUGUUUUCUAUAGCAUUGACCUCUAUUAUGUUUCUUUGCUCUUUUGUAAAUUCUCAUUGACAUGAAUAAAUUCCUACAUUAGUAAAGCAAACAGGUUUUCCCCAUAGCUAGGGUAAUGAAUAGCGAUGGAAAAUAAAAAAAAAAAAAACAGGUAAGUGUUUGCACUCACUAAGGGAUAAAUGAUAGCACUGGAAGAGGUUGUUUAUUCCAGAGCAGUGGUCAGUGACAGCACAGCAGAGCCCAGCAGACACGGCUCGUGACCAUAUCCUCAUUUUUCUUCUUCCUGAUGGCUCUCAGGUGGAUGUUGUUGCAAU